AUGUCGAAUAACUAUACAUUGAGGUUGAAGAUAGUUUCGUUGUGGCGUAAGAUGAUGCAUGGACAGCCCAAUGUGACAUAUCGCGUUGACAUGAUAUGCAUGGACGAACAGGGUGAUAUGAUUUUGGCAAAUUGUCUUCAUAAGAUAUUGCCAAGGUUUGAUCAUCAUUUUAAACUCGACGAAGUUCUUCUCAUUAGCAGGGCAUCUAUUGCUCCAAAUAAUGCAACUAUCAACUACACCAAUGAUAAGCGGAAGUUAACAUUUACUCUGUUCAGUCAGAUUGAAAAAAGUGUUGAUUGGUGUGGUCCCAAGUAUUCUUUCUCUUUUGUGAAUUUCAAAGAUGUUGUUGAAAAUAAAGUUGAUGUUGGUACAACCGUUGAUUUCAUAGGGUAUGUUGAAGUCUGCUUUAAUAUGGAAGACACGGAUAAAAAAGAUGGUUCCAAAGGCAAGAGAUUGAACAUAAGAGUUAAGGAUAUUGAGGGUCAUCAAGUUAUUGCUACUUUGUGGGAUUCAUUUGCCAUAGAAAUGCAUGAUUACUUCAAUAAUCCAAACAGAGAGAAGCAUGUCGUUGUUUUGAUUCACUUUGGUGUUGUCAAUCUAUACAGAGAUAAGAAAGGUUUGUCAACUUCCUUUGAUAUCAGUAGAAUGUUCAUCAAUUCUGAUCUUGAUGAAAUAACAUCAUUCAAGAAGUGCUUUGUUGACAAGUUUGCAUCUACACCAUCUGAAAGUGACAAUGCUGGCUCAUAUAUGAUAUCAUCCGCUGAGGAUGAGUUUCUAAACAACACUGGUUUUGUUUUGUCAGCUUAUCUUAGUACCAUUCAAAAGCCCAAGAAGGUCAUUUUAGUUGGUACAGUAAUCGGGAUAUGCACUGAUAAAAUCUGGUACUAUAAUGCAUGCAACCACUGCAAAUCCAGUGUCGAAGAAACAUAUGUGACUGUUGAAAAUGAGGAUGGUUCUGGUUGUUUUGAUGAAAAAAGGAUUGUCAUGUGUACAAACGCUAAAUGUUACUAA